CUCUACCGGACAAUUUGGAAAAGACACAACAGUGCAGCAUGGAAGGUUUAACGCCAAAGAAAAAUAAACUGUUUACUGGAGAGGGUGAAGGAAAAGUCAACUGGAAAAAACGAAAAGCAGAAAAGUUAGAACAGAAAAAGAGAUUGAAAGAGGCCAAGUUGAUUCAGCAACUGGAGAAAUCAAACAAGGCAAAGGAGGAGGGGGUGAAGCAGCAGAAAUCUCAGGAAGAUGAGGAGAAGGUUAAAGGUCGUUUGUACACAGUAAGUGUUGCUCUGCCAGGCUCCGUGUUGGAUAACGCACAGUCACCUGAGCUCCGCACUUACUUGGCCGGACAGAUUGCUCGUGCCUGCGCUGUGUUCUGCGUGGAUGAGGUGGUCGUGUUUGAUGAACAGGGAGAGGACACCAAAGGAACCAUCGAGGGAGAGUUUAAAGGAGUUGGGAAGAAAGGUCAAGCCUGUGUUCAGCUGGCUAGGAUCCUGCAGUUCCUAGAGUGUCCACAAUAUUUGCGGAAGGUGUUCUUCCCCAAACACCACGACCUGCAGUUCGCUGGUUUAUUGAACCCCCUGGACAGCCCGCAUCACAUGCGUAUUGACGAGGAGGCAGAAUUCAGAGAGGGUGUGGUCCUGGAUCGACCAUGUAAAGCAGGAAAAGGGUCUUUUGUUAACUGUGGGAUGAGAAAGGAAGUUCAGAUCGAUAAGCAACUUCAGUCUGGUCUGAGGGUGACUGUACAACUUAAUAAAACCCAAAAUACAGAGAGCAGGGUGUAUAAAGGAGUGGUCGUGGCUCCCCAUGUUCCCAGGACGGAAGGCGGGCUUUACUGGGGCUACAGCGUACGUCUUGCUUCCUGCCUCAGUGCUGUAAUGACCGAGUGUCCAUUUAAAGAUGGCUAUGAUCUGACUAUCGGGACAUCAGAAAAGGGCAGCGAUACUGAUGAUACCACGCUUCCAGCAUUCAGGCAUCUGUUGGUGGUUUUUGGCGGGCUUCAGGGUCUGGAAGCGAGUGUAGACGCCGACCCAAACCUGGAUGUCACUGACCCCAGUGUGCUCUUUGACCUCUACCUCAACACCUGUCCUGGCCAGGGCAGUCGCACCAUUCGCACCGAGGAAGCCAUAUUGAUCUCCUUGUCAUCAUUACGACAAAAAAUCACCACUGCUUUAUCUGAACAGGCUAAACCGUGAUAGCAGGAAGUGAUCUUACACCUCGGCAAGAAGACGAUCACUGUUGCGAACAAAAAAAAAAAAACAAGAAUAUUUUACACAGAUGUCUACAGAUGUGUUUUAGUCCCAGCCACUAGACUUGCGGAAUUACCUGACUACAACUUUUUAUACUGUAAUAAUGUUAACUUCUUUUUGUCAUUCCACACAUUUAUUGCUUUUUAAAUUAAAAGCAAAAAAAGACA